AUGCACUGGGGGGAGGGUUUCUACGGCGACUCUGACAGUCAACAAACAUGGUCGACGCUGCAGGGAGCUCUGAGCCACAUGAACGUUCCCGCUCCCACAUCCCAACGUUCUCAGCCGGACAUCCCAUGAUUCCCAAACUGUACGUGAUGCCAUGGAAACAGGACAUGAAGAACCAGAGGCUGCUGAUGAAGAACGCAGCUCUGGCUGGGAUCCCUGUGCUUCCUCUGGAGGAGUCUUUGUGUUUUUGUGGUCGGGAGCGUCUCUGCCACAGCCAGCGCUCCACCCAGACCUCCUCCUCCUCCUCCUCCUCCUGGGCUCCUCUCAGCCAGACAGGACUGACAGCUCAUCACUCCUCCCACUUCUCCAGGUGAUGCAGCUCAUUCAGGUACAACAGCUCUGUGGUGACGACCAGACGGCUUUACCAAACCUGAGGACAGAUCAGUCCUUCCCUCCUUCUUCAUUAAAAUAGAAAUUCACUUGUUCCCACUGUGACCACAAGAGGGCGACAAAGAAAAGAAAAAAAAAACAUUUAAAACUUGGACAACUAUUAUUACUAUUAUUUUAUAUAA